AUGUUCGGCCCGCCUUUCGGUGGUAUGGGCGGCUUUGGUGGCCCGGGCAUGAUCGACUUCGAUGAGGUUGGUGUUCCUAGGAUGCGGCGACGGCGCCAAGCAGCAAACGGGUUUCCACAAACACUCAUGGAAGUUCGAGAGCCUGAUCUGGGAAUGCCCGGAAUGGGGAUGCCUGGUGUGCAUCCAUAUCCUAUGGGCCAAGGACCUUUCGGCCUCCCACCAAUCCUAGGAGCAUCUCCACAGGGCAUGCAGUUUCCUUUCGGCAUCCCUCCUCGUUAUCAAAUGCCACAAGCAGGAAGUCCAGGUAUUGGUCAAGUAUUUGACCCAUCACGAGCAGAGCGCAAGCAAGCUGGUCGAGGAGAGCAAGCUCCGGGUCGAAGGCACCAAAUUCCAGGUCAACCACGAGCCAAAUACGAGAAGAUCAAGUCACUCAUUCCUGGCGGCAUGUCGGAAUCCAUCAGCCUCAUUCGAAGCAAAGACGACGGCAGGCUGUACAUCGAGAAGCAAGUACGCACGGAUGGGAUAUACCGAAAGCGAACCGAAGCGGAGGUCCAGACCUUGAAGGCAGUUAGAGGUCAUCCAAAUCUCAACAAGCUCGUGGAGUAUGAGGUCAAAGCGAACGGUAUCUGCAGUAUUAUCCUCGAGUAUUGUGAUGGAGGAGCACUGGAUGCUCGAAUUGCGGAAAUCGAAUCCCAUGGACAUCAUUUCAGCGAAGCUGGAGUUUGGCAUGUCCUAUUGAGUGUCGCCAAGGCACUCCCUUUCAUGCACACUGGUGUGAAAGACGUCGAGCGGGACCAGCCAGACCCAGAUUGGGAUACCAUCGCCCACCUCGACCUCAAACCCCAGAACAUUUUCCUUUCCAGCGACCGCAUGGAGAAUGGCCAACGCCGCAUAGUGUUGGCAGACUUCGGCUGUGCCGUCACAUUCUCGGAUAUCCAGAACGGAGGAGAGCGUGAGCGUGGCCAGCCUUGUGGUACUCCAGGAUGGUAUCCACCUGAGGGCAUCGCUAAGAAAGGGUAUGGCACGAAGACGGACAUAUGGAUGCUCGGAGGUACGAUUCAGGCGAUCUGCUUGCUCAUCAAAGCGCCUCAUCGGCCAGCCCUUGCGUCUCCGAAGCCUUGCGGCAACAGGUACAGCUCAGCGCUUCAGAGCAUGGUGAGGGACCUUACGGAUGAUCGCUUGGAUAAGCGGCCUUCGGCGAGGAAAGUUGCGGGCGCAGCGGCGCAUGGUCUGGGAGUGAAUUUGAAGAAGUAG